UUUUGACAUUGACGUUCGAAACUACUGAAAAUAUGGCAGUUGACAGGUUUGAUUGGGUCAAAUUCUGAUUCCUAAACUUAGGUGUUGAAGAUUGAUUUGAAUAAAUAAAAAAAUUAAUUAAGUACAUAGCUGAAACAUAAAGAUGAUUAACCCAAAGGUUUUAUGUGGUUUGCGUGCUGCCCGUGUAUCUGUCAUUGCUACUAGAAAUGUAGCAGCAGCUUCUAAGGCUUCAGACCCAAUUCAACAAUUAUUCCUAGACAAAAUUAGGGAAUACAAGCAACAGAGCGCUGGGGGUAAACUUGUUGGUGCCAGCCCCACUGUUGAAAAGGAACUGAAGUCAGAGCUUGAGAAGUUGGAGCGUCAGUUUGGAGGAGGACAGGGUGUGGACAUGACAGCAUUUCCAACAUUCAAAUUUGAAGAACCCAAGCUAGACCCUAUCAAUGAACAAGCACCAGCCAAAAAGUGAAUAAAUAGUGUAUUAUAGUAAUGUGUAAUCUGUUAAAUCAUAAAUAAAUUGUAAAGUGGU